UUCUGGGCGUUGUGUGCAUCUUCAGACAACAGCACGGCCAGAGAUUUGGGAGUGUUGUCUGUAGGUGCUGUAUUUGAAGAACACAGAGCUGACUUAAAAUCUGGUUGUUUCCUUGCUUAGCUGGGAAAUGCCCCAACUGGAUUGCUGCGCUCCCCUUUGCUGGGUGUUGGCGCUGAUGAAGAGCAAGGGAGGUGUUGAAGGGCGUCCAUAGCUAUUUAUCUGCUAACAGACCUGUGAGCUUCCACUUGUGGUCAGGUGUCACGCCUGACUGCAGUGACGGAGCCAGUCUGUGGUCACCGCGCAGCAGUUGUUGCACCACUUACUCUGGAAGGGUGUACCUGGGCUUGUGGUGCUGCGCACGGUCAGUGGAGGGCUUCAGGCAUUUCUGUGGGACCACAGCAGGUUGUUUUGAGCGCUCUUUAAUUUUAGCCUCCCUGUGCUUAGUGGCACAGGAACAACUCAUUGCUGUGCUCACUUCAUUUCCAGCGUCAUCAGCGUCGGGUACUUCAACAGCAGAGCCAGGUGACAUCGUGGUGGCCCAGGAAGCAUGCGGCUGUGGCGCUGGGGACCCUGAAGACUGGCUUGCAGGGAGGAAUGCUACGGUGGGCAGUGCACUUGGAAGGUGGGCCGCGGAGGGUGAACCACGCGGCCGUAGCCGUUGGGCACAAGGUCUAUUCCUUUGGCGGAUAUUGUUCCGGAGAAGAUUAUGAGACUCUGCGGCAGAUUGACGUCCAUGUUUUCAAUGCAGUGUCUCUGCGCUGGAUCAAGCUGCCUCCAGUGUGGACAAACAGCCGAGACCAUGUGAGAGAGGUGCCCUACAUGAGGUAUGGGCACUCGGCAGUGCUCAUAGAUGACAUCGUCUACAUAUGGGGUGGUCGCAACGACACUGAGGGAGCCUGCAAUGUGCUUUAUGCCUUUGAUGUCAACACGCACAAAUGGUUCACGCCAAAGGUGUCUGGAAUGGUCCCAGGAGCAAGAGAUGGGCACUCGGCUUGUGUCCUGGCAAAGAGCAUGUUUAUCUUUGGAGGCUAUGAACAGCUGGCCGACUGCUUUUCAAACGAUAUCCAUAAAUUGGACACCACAAACAUGAUGUGGACCUUAAUUUCUGCCAAGGGUACACCAGCUCGCUGGAGAGACUUCCAUUCAGCUACCAUUAUUGGAACAAAGAUGUAUGUAUUUGGUGGCAGAGCUGAUCGUUUUGGGCCAUUUCACUCCAACAAUGAGAUCUACUGCAACCGCAUCAAAGUAUUUGAUACAGAAACAAAUUCCUGGCUGGACUCUCCUCCAACUCCAGUGCUCCCAGAAGGCCGGCGGAGCCAUUCAGCCUUCAGCUACAAUGGGGAGCUAUAUGUAUUUGGUGGCUACAACGCACGCCUGAACAGACAUUUCCACGACCUCUGGAAAUUCAAUCCAGUUUCUCUUUCUUGGAGGAAGAUUGAGCCCAAGGGGAAGGGCCCAUGUCCUCGACGCCGGCAGUGCUGCUGCAGAGUUGGGGACAAAAUCAUUCUCUUUGGAGGCACCAGCCCGUCUCCAGAGGAGGGAAUGGGUGAUGAAUUUGACCUGAUGGAUCACUCGGAUCUCUACAUCCUCGACUUCAGCCCCAGUCUAAAGACGCUGUGUAAGCUGGCGGUGAUUCAGUACAGCCUGGACCAGUCCUGCCUUCCCCACGACAUCAGAUGGGAGCUCUCGGCCAUGACAACAAACAGCACCAUCAGCCGCCCCAUCGUCUCCUCCCAGGGCUGACGCCGGCUUGUUCCUCUACCACCCUGCCCUCACCCCUCCACACACUGACCUCUUGCUCCACUGCCUGCAUGAGUUUUUAGCCCUUUCAAGCAAGGAACAUGUGAGCUCAGUCUGUCUCGCCCUAGCCAGGCCUCCCCCUGCCCUUGUCACGCUUUGGGCAGCACGAGUGUGCAGGCAGAGCAGGCCACCAGGGAAGAAAUCGGCUCGCCCCAGCAAUACAACUGUGAACCCCCCUCCUGGCUGAUGGCUCCAGCGUCUCCUGCCUUCCUUCCCCUUGCCUUUGGAGCUGCAGCUAUACUGGCCUGGUCCCUGGCCACUUUCCAAGGGCCUGAAUCAACUCCAUCCACCAGCCAUGGCCCUGGGUUUGGCCUCGGGCUAUGAACUGUUCCUGCGCUGCCUCGAGAGAGCAGGGACCUUCACACUUGCAGUCGCCAGCGCUGACCAUCUUCCUGGCACCGGAUGGCAGGCCCCAGCCCCAGGCUGAGCCUGACGUGGGAGCCUGGGCCCAGCUGGACCCUCUGCCCAGCUCCCAUUGUAAAACAGUAACUGGGGGGAGUUUUAUAAACACUGAGGCAGA